UCCACCGCAACAUGAACCCACAUUCACGCUGUCUGAGCCUGGACUGGUAGGUGGCACAAGUGCGUCCGAGCCGAGCCAAAGCCCACAAAGUGGAAAACCGUGAGAUCGCUUUUCGGUAGUGGGAGGUGUCGUCUGGAGUUUAAAAAGAAAAUUUAUCGAAUAAUUCAAAGAUUUCUUAACUCUACCCUGUGUAACUGUAUAUUAUUGUGUUCCUCGAUCGCUCUGGAAGCGGAAGCUUAGUCGAGUGUGUGAAAAAACGUGCCAUCAAACAGAUAUCUACGCAAAACCAAAAUUUAGCCUUGAAAGAAGCAACAACUGCGAAGGAGUGAAAAGUCUGGGUCUUGUUUGUGCGAAUACAAAAUCCUACCCCACCCCAUAACGUAGCUUGCACGGGAUGAUGUUCCUGACAAAGAAGGAGUGGAAAAAUCUAGCCCGAAAGCUGCGCUUCUCCCCGAGACGUCGCUACUAUGUCAUCACGGCAAUUGCCCUCACUGUGGUCUUCGUACUCGUGUACUGCAGCAUAACAUCGUCCUAUUACUGCUUCGACACUGGGGUCGAAUGGAAGGUGACCAAAUUUUGCCAGCGGCAGAGCCUCUCCGGAAGCAUGUGUCCAGAAUUUUGCAGUCGCAGCGGCGUUUUCUGGGACCUUCGCUGCCCUCAACCAAGCCUUGAGAUUCAUCAUCCUAACCGGUUCCAGGUCAAAAGGCAGGACACUCCCCUAACUGUGAUUCAAGCAGUGCCCAAUGAAAACUAUGAGAAGCUAUUCUGGGUGGACAGCUACUACCACAAGGAACACUAUCCCACGGAGAUUGAGUACGAGAAUAUUGUCAAGCGGUACAUAUCGAAUAAGUACAACCUGCAAGUGCCCUACGAAAAAAUCCGCACCUUGAUGCGACUGACCCAUAAGGAGAACUUACCGAUGUUCCAUCACAGCAUGCGGGACAGCUGGAACCUGAUUCAGAAUCACGAGUUCGUGAUGGCAGUUAUGUUCAACGAGAACGAUCUUUUCCCGUACGUGGAAGGAAAUUGCGCAGAGAUGUUUGCCUCGGAGAAGUUGAACGCGGUAGAGUUCGAUGAGAACCGAUCGUACUUUGGGAAUCACAUUGCACUGGACCGCUGGCGGUACCACAUCAAAAUGGCCGUGCUGAUUCUGGAUUAUAUGGAUGAGUUGGACCAACAUGGAAUUCAAAUGUGCCACGUUGAUUUGAACCGGUUUGGGAUUAACAACAAUCGAUUAAAAUACGAUGACCUGAGGUUCGUCUUCACCGAGUAUACAAUCAAUAGGAAGAUUUCAAGCGGAAGUUAUUGCACGCGCGAUGAGCAUUGCAAUUUUAUGCACUGUAAAUCUGAGUGCAACGUGGAAAAAAGUCGAUGCGAGUCUCCGGUGAAGAACAAUAACGUGCAGAUUGUUUGUGAUAAGAUAUUCCUUGGAUCGAAACGCUAUCCUGGUAUUCUGAUAACGCAAAAGACACCAGAUCGGCUGCAUAUGCUGCUGGAGCGUUGCGCGAAUCCAACCCAGGACCGGGAUACAUCUCGAUCGCGUCCGCUGGGAACGUCCGAUGAGCUAAGAAAACAGUUGUACAACGAACUAACCAGUAUUUACGAAAAGCUGGCGUUGAUCAAUGCUCCAUAAUUUGGAUGUUUGUUUGUCAUGUUGUCUGUCGAUUGAUGUUCGUUUGUAUGAGCGAUGUGAGGUUCACUUUUUCGAACCACGGACAGCUUUUAUAGUGUUGUUGUAGGUGUACAAAAGCAGAAAGAGAUGGUGAUGAUCAACGCUAAUGAAACUUUUUAAAGGUUUCGGAUCUGAACUCGGUAUUAUUUUUGUAGGCUUGUAGUGUAAAAUGCGGUAAGCAAAAGUCUUGUCGUAAUGUAGGUAAGAUUCGAGGUUAAAUCCAAAUUUGCCAAUAACACAAUCACUUGAAAUUUUGAAAGUUCAACAACUUUUUGUCUGGUAGAAAUCAAAUUUAAUAGAAAAACCAUCAAGACCAAACUGGAACUAUAGACACGAAGGAAUAGCAUUUAGUAAUUGUAACAAUUUUUACUGCUAACAAUAAACUGGAAUUGAAGUGCAAA